AUGGGGUCUCCCUCAGCCCCUCUUCACAGAUGGUGCAUCCCCUGGCAGACGCUCCUGCUCACAGCCUCACUUCUAACCUUCUGGAACCCGCCCACCACUGCCCAGCUCACUAUUGAAUCCAGGCCGUUCAAUGUUGCAGAGGGGAAGGAGGUUCUUCUACUUGCCCACAAUGUGUCCCAGAAUCUUUUUGGCUACAUCUGGUACAAGGGGGAAAGAGUGGAUGCCAGCCGUCGAAUUGGAUCAUGUGUAAUAAGAACUCAACAAAUUACCCCAGGGCCCGCACACAGCGGUCGAGAGACAAUAGACUUCAAUGCAUCCCUGCUGAUCCACAAUGUCACCCAGAGUGACACAGGAUCCUACACCCUACAAGUCAUAAAGGAAGAUCUUGUGAAUGAAGAAGCAACUGGCCAGUUCCGGGUAUACCCGGAGCUGCCCAAGCCCUACAUCUCCAGCAACAACUCCAGCCCCGUGGAGGACAAGGAUGCUGUGGCCUUAACCUGUGAACCUGAGACUCAGGACACAACCUACCUGUGGUGGGUAAACAAUCAGAGCCUCCCGGUCAGUCCCAGGCUGGAGCUGUCCAGUGACAACAGGACCCUCACUGUAUUCAAUAUUCCAAGAAAUGACACAACAUCCUACAAAUGUGAAACCCAGAACCCAGUGAGUGUCAGACGCAGCGACCCAGUCACCCUGAAUGUCCUCUAUGGCCCGGAUGCGCCCACCAUUUCCCCUCUAAACACACCUUACAGAGCAGGGGAAAAUCUGAACCUCUCCUGCCACGCAGCCUCUAACCCAACUGCACAGUACUUUUGGUUUGUCAAUGGGACGUUCCAGCAAUCCACACAAGAGCUCUUUAUCCCCAACAUCACCGUGAAUAAUAGCGGAUCCUAUAUGUGCCAAGCCCAUAACUCAGCCACUGGCCUCAAUAGGACCACAGUCACGGCGAUCACAGUCUACGCGGAGCUGCCCAAGCCCUACAUCACCAGCAACAAUUCCAACCCCAUAGAGGACAAGGAUGCUGUGACCUUAACCUGUGAACCUGAGACUCAGGACACAACCUACCUGUGGUGGGUAAACAAUCAGAGCCUCUCGGUCAGUUCCAGGCUGGAGCUGUCCAAUGACAACAGGACCCUCACUCUAUUCAAUAUUCCAAGAAACGACACAACGUUCUACGAAUGUGAAACCCAGAACCCAGUGAGUGUCAGACGCAGCGACCCAGUCACCCUGAAUGUCCUCUAUGGCCCGGAUGCGCCCACCAUUUCCCCUCUAAACACACCUUACAGAGCAGGGGAAAAUCUGAACCUCACCUGCCACGCAGCCUCUAACCCAACUGCACAGUACUUUUGGUUUGUCAAUGGGACGUUCCAGCAAUCCACACAAGAGCUCUUUAUCCCCAACAUCACCGUGAAUAAUAGCGGAUCCUAUAUGUGCCAAGCCCAUAACUCAGCCACUGGCCUCAAUAGGACCACAGUCACGAUGAUCACAGUCUACGUGGAGCUGCCCAAGCCCUACAUCUCCAGCAACAACUCCAACCCCAUAGAGGACAAGGAUGCUGUGACCUUAACCUGUGAACCUGUGGCUGAGAACACAACCUACCUGUGGUGGGUAAACAAUCAGAGCCUCUCGGUCAGUCCCAGGCUGCAGCUCUCCAAUGGCAACAGGAUCCUCACUCUACUCAGUGUCACACGGAAUGACACAGGACCCUAUGAAUGUGGAAUCCAGAACUCAGAGAGUGCAAAACGCAGUGACCCAGUCACCCUGAAUGUCACCUAUGGCCCAGACACCCCCAUCAUAUCCCCCCCAGACUUGUCUUACCGUUCGGGAGCAAACCUCAACCUCUCCUGCCACUCGGACUCUAACCCAUCCCCGCAGUAUUCUUGGCUUAUCAAUGGGACACUGCGGCAACACACACAAGUUCUCUUUAUCUCCAAAAUCACAUCAAACAAUAACGGGGCCUAUGCCUGUUUUGUCUCUAACUUGGCUACUGGUCGCAAUAACUCCAUAGUCAAGAACAUCUCAGUCUCCUCUGGCGAUUCAGCACCUGGAAGUUCUGGUCUCUCAGCUAGGGCUACUGUCGGCAUCAUAAUUGGAAUGCUGGUUGGGGUUGCUCUGAUGUAG